GGGGUGGCAGAGAGUGACCGGGGACACGGCAUCUCCCGAGAGUGCCCGAGGGUGCCGGUGUCCCCAGCCCCGCCAUGCAGCCCUGCCUGCUCCUCGUCCUGGCCCUGCUGGGCACGACCUCCGCCAGCCAUCCCGCCCCUGAGAGCCCCGAGGUGGAUGAGGCGGCGUUGGAGGUGCCGGAGGAGGAUGCCCGGUGCCCGCUGCAGAGCGAGACGCGGGCGUUGAGCGUCGCCAACCCGCUGGGCGCCAGCACCUUCCGCUACGUCAUCGUCACCCGUUGCCAGAAUUUCCACAGCGCCCAGCACAUCUGUGCCCGGUGCUACCGCGGGCACCUGGCCUCCAUCCAUAGCUACAGAACCAACAGCCUCCUGCGGCACCAGGCACGGCUCAGCACCAACCAUGGGCAGGUCUGGAUCGGGGCCAUCACCCAGCCCGUGGGCAGGACCGUGCGCUGCUGGUGGGCCGACCAGACCCGCUGGAACUACUCGCACUGGCUGCACGGCUACCCGCUGGGCUCCCACCGCUACUGCACCUCCCUCUGCACCAACAAUGGGCGCUGGAGAAGCGUGCGCUGCCAGGUGAGGCUGCCCUUCAUCUGCGAGUACUGAGGGGCUCAGCCCCCGCAAUGGUGCCCCCCAGCCCUGUGGUCCCCCCAGGCACCCCCCCUGCUGCCGCCCCCCCCACUGGCCCCACGGCGGGGGGGCUGCACCCCCACCCUGGAUCUCAAUAAAGUAUCAGCUUUCAGCACCCAUCUCUGUGUUUGGGC